AUGAAGCUGCAAACAUUCGUCCUUUCUCUCACCGCGGCUAGACUUUCCGCAGCCUUUUUCCCCUCUCCCGCCUUCAAACGGAAUGCAGACACUUGUAAACUAUCGCUGGCAUCCAGCUCCGGUGGCCGCAAGGUUGCCCUUGUCAUUGACGCGUCCGGCUCCAUGCUGACAAACGAUCCGCAAGAGCUCAGAAUCAAGGCUGGAAGGGCUCUCAACAGGCAGCUGGUAUCCUCUGCAGAAGCUUCUGGUGGCAAAAGUGCCGACCAAGUCGCGGUCGUGGAGUUUAACACUCAGUCGACCCUGCUCUAUCCGCUCGGGGACCCUGGUAAAGCCGAUAGCUCUUUCGGUAAGAUCGGUAGUGAAGGAGGAACUUCAAUCGCCAGCGGCGUUGCGAAGGGCAUUGAAGAGCUCACCAAGUCUGGGCAUGGUACGACAAAAGAUCGGUCCGGUAUCAUUAUCCUAACCGAUGGCGAAGACGCUGAUGUCGCCGCGCUUAUCAAACAAAUUAAAAAGGCAGAUUCCCUCGGCAUCCGCGUAAGCUUCGGCUUCCUUGCUCCACCGGAAACCCCGCCCAAGCCAGAUCUGCUGCGGGCCAUUCUCCAGGCAGGCGGCACAUACAACUCCUUCAACCAGCCUGAGAAUAUUCAACCCUGGCUCUACCUGCUCUUGGGCAAUGGUAUUACUGCCCUGGACAAGAAGUCCUCCAGCACAACGCAGCCGCUUCUGAGCGGCAUCACGACUGUCAAACUGUCGGGCUCUAGGGACGUUGCCUUCUCGUACCUCGCGAGCGAUGGGGAGAAGCUUGUCUUCACGGUGACUUCGAUCUCCGCACAGGACCUUGACGUGAAAUUAAGUCAUGAAAACGGAAAUUCGAUCGGCAAAAAGUCCACGACGAGUGGGAACCAGCCAGCUGAGCUGUCGGUCAAGACUACGAAGGCUGAGACGCUCAAGGUCGUCGUCUCAUCUGCUACGUUCAAGGAAGGCAUCUUCCAGAUAUCAGUCAACUCCUCUUUGGGCAUCUCCGCUUGUAACCUCGGCAAUGGAAAGCCAGGCAAGAACAAGAGCAUUCCUACCCCGACCCCAACCCCGACCUCAAUCAUCGCACCUCCAAUCACUGGUGGGGCCUCUAAAAUACUCGGGCAUGUUUUGCCAAUUAUCAUGGUUGCGUUAUCCUUGGUGCUACUAUAG